AUUUGGAAUGGGACGUCCUAAAAGCUCCUGUGGGUGUAAUGUGUAGGUGGACCAAUACUUUGGUCCAUUUAGUGUAUGUUAUGGGGACAAUUUCAUCCCCCAAGCACCCACCACACUGCUUUAACAGACCCUCCUACUAAUAUCAGACUUGUGGACAAACUUGUGAAAAAGUCGUAAUGAUGGUCAGCAUGAAUGUCUUGAACAAAUCAAACAUUCAAGUUGAAUUUUCAGUAUUUGGAUACUCCAAUAAACUCAUUUGUCAGUCUCUUGGGACAUAAUCCAGUAACACAAAAUGUGUUUUUUUUUUUUUUUCCCCACAUGACACAUCUUUACAAUGAAAUCUGUUAGUUUGACCAAAAAAUGUUUUGAGAAAAGCUUUCAGUACUACCUUCCAUGAAUCCAAUGAGCUCAGUGCAUAAUAGAGCCACAUUUUGUCUGCCAGUUAACUUUUACAGGAACAUUGUGUUUCACAAGUACAGGAAAAGCUGUGGAUGAUGUCUGUUAUCCAAUGACACUGUGCAGAAAACAGAACUACUGUGCUUCACGAGAAUAGAAGUCAACUUGGGAUCCAUGUUAGUGUUGAACUACAUAUUUAUUGGCCAUCUGUAUCUAUUUCCCACAUUGUUAUUUUACAGGCAAGUACUCAGUAAUAGGAAGGAAUAUUAAUUUUUUUAUAAUAUCUUCUGGCAGGUCUCCACUUCAGCUGCAUUUUUGUACGUAAUAUUAAUUUACCUUGAGGUACUGAAGUGUUUUCAAAUCAUUUUAAUAAAUGCACCCAGACGUACUCUAGUGGGAUCUAUAUUAUAUUCAUCUAGACUCUGUCUGAUGAAACAGCUGCGGGCAAUCUGACAUAAUGAUUUAUGACACCAUAAAGAAAAAAACAGGUUUUCCAGUCCAAAUCAACCAUUUCUAUGGAGAUAGAGAUGACAUGUUUACUCCAUCAAAAUGCUAAAUAUUUGAGUCCAUUCUCCAGAGCCUAAUAAAGAAUUAUAUAAAUAUUUAAAGAGCAUGUAGCACAUGGUUCUUCUUAUUUAAUGGUGUUCUCUUUUAAGGCGCACCCCUUAUCUAUGGUGAGUUUUUGGUAAGGCAUCAUCUCAGAGUCCACCUUAAGGCAUGACGUGAGGUCCAAUUUUGGUUUUGUCCUGUGAGCAGCAAAUUACAUAUCACCUCUGGAUAUAAAACAUCUGGACAACAAAAGGCUUGGAGCUGUUUAAAGUGAGGCAGCUGUGUGGGAGCAGAGCAGACAGACGGACCUCUUCAAGAUGAACUCUGCCUUCCUGGUGUGGGUUUUGCCUUUGCUCGCCACAGCGGCAGCUCAGCACAGCGACCACCACGACAUGGGGUGGGUCAACACCUACCGCCAAGGCUUCAACUUCCAGUGCCCCCACGGCGAGCUGCUAGUGGCCAUAAGAAGCUACUUCAGUGAACAGGAGGGUUCAGACCGCCUGUGGACGUUCGAGUGCCAGCCAGCCCCAGAGACUCUGGGGGAGCCCAGUGACUGCUGGUGGGACGACAUCAGCCGUGCCGGGAUGGAGUGGACAUCAACAUGCACCCGCAACGGGCUGGUGGCAGGAGUACAGAGCAAGUACUUUGAAUCGGUUCUUGACCGGGAAUGGCAGUUCUACUGCUGCCGCUACAAACGCCGCUGCCCCUACUCUUGCAUGAAGACCACUGAUGUGCCUGAGUACUAUAAAGAAGAGGGAGAGAUGGUUAUCCCGAGUUAUGGAUAUUUCAUCAGAGGUGCCCAGACCACCUUCAGCGGCGUGCUCAGAGAUCGGCAGUGGAAGUACAUCCUGUGCAGAAUCACAGAUUUUGACUGUGAAUUUGAGAACUUAUAGAUUUGUAAACACUUCAGCAGCAAUUUUACCAACACAUGUGCACAAAUACACAAAAUCUAACAAAAAAUAUAUCUUUACGCUUCCAUUUAGAGGUCAAACUAUUACUGACAUACUUAACAAAAGAGAACCCUCUGGAUUCUGUUUUUAUUUGUAUUUGUAUUUACUUUUUAUAAAUGUAUUAAUACCACUUAAAUCAGCGCUGGUUGAAUGUUACUAGCUUAGCAUGCAAAGUGACUGUUGAUGUAAAAGUGACUGUCAAAAUAAACCAGAGCUCAGUGUGAAGUGUCCUUACAGGGGAUUGGUGCUCCACAAGCCACCGGGCAGCUUCACUGUUUUCACUCACUUGACUUUGGAGCUGGGAGUCUUCAAGAGGCAUGUGGCAGCACGUUCACAAAUGAAAUUCUGUUAUUUCUUCGUUGAUGCUGGUGGAAAUCGUGGCCUCAGGCGCUGCUCAAGGAUCUCUGAGCUGAGAUGGAGUGACUGCGACGGCCUUGUGACAGUGACCUCUCGUGUCCUGUGGACUGGGGCUUUGUUAUCCCUGAAGUGUCACCAAGAUGAAGAGGCACAU